AUGUACGUGUCUGCACUACAGCUGUCCCUACUGUCCCUGCUGUUGCUGCUGUCUGGUCUCAGGCCGGUCUCGGGGAUGGCGCUGGACGGGGGUCAGUGGGAACCGCGGGCGUCCUCGCGCUGCGUGCCCAUACCCAGCCACAUGGCGCUGUGUCAGGGCCUGGGCUACGGCAGCAUGCGCCUGCCCAACCUGCUGGGGCACGAGUCGCCAGGUGAGGCCGUCCAGCAGAGCGCCAGCUGGCUGCCGCUGCUUGCCCGCCAGUGCCACCCGCACGCCCGCAUCUUCCUUUGCUCGCUUUUCGCGCCCGUCUGCCUGGACAGGGUGAUCUCCCCUUGUCGGAGUCUUUGUGAGUCUGUGAGGGACAGUUGCGCUCCCAUCAUGAACUGCUAUGGCUACCCCUGGCCACGAAUACUGCAGUGUGACCAGUUCCCCAAAGACCAUCUGAUGUGCAUCUCCUCAGUUUCACAGACAAACAGCACUAGUACCGGACGAUGGGCCAUUCCCCAGGCCAGCUGUAAAGACUGUGAGCUACAAGAGACAACCUCACCCAAGGAGUUGUUAGAGAUUUUUUGCAGAAGUGACUUUGUGGUGAAGCUGCGUCUGACCAGACUGAACUCCAGCAGCUCGGCGGUGGCCAGAUUCUCCCUGGGCUCUCGGCUAGAGGUGCUGAAGCACGGGCCUCUGCUCGGGGGGGAGAUGCGUGGGCGCCUGUCCCUCUGGCUGGAGCGGGACGCCACCUGCGUGGGCAACCUGAGCCGUCACCACCCUGACGGGGGCACAUUUCUGGUGACGGGCACCGUAACAGGCAACAGACUGUUGGUCAACAAGGCCUAUGGCUGGUCCAAACGCGACAGGAACCUAACCAACGCUGCCCGCAAGUGGAAACGCCAUCGUUGUAGGGGAUAGGGGGUGGGAGGAGAACAAGCUUUUCUUUUUUUUCUUUCAUCUCCGAGGAAGGAGUGGGGGCAUUUCCCAC